AUGUGGGUGGAUCAAAGUCGGAAGAAGGGGAAAGAAAAGGGGGGGAAAUCGGCUAAUGGUCAUUUGGAGGGGUUAAAUUGGGAAGUUUUGGUAGUGAAUGACCACGUUGUAAAUGCUUUUUGUUUGCCUGGUGGAAAGAUUGUUGUAUUUACAGGGUUAUUAGAGCAUUUUAGAACUGAUGAAGAGAUUGCCACCAUUAUUGGACAUGAGGUUGCACAUGCUGUAGCAAGACAUGCAGCUGAACAGAUUACAAAGAACCUCUGGUUCACAAUCGGGCAGUUAAUUUUGUAUCAAUUUGUCAUGCCAGAUCUUGUAAACACCAUGUCAAAUCUUUUGCUUAAGCUUCCUUUCUCCAGGAGGAUGGAGAUUGAGGCUGAUUACAUAGGGCUGCUGUUGAUGGCUUCAGCUGGGUAUGACCCGCGGGUCGCACCAAAGGUAUUUGAGAAGUUGGGUCAAGUUUCAGGUGAUUCGGCAUUGCGAGAUUACCUUUCUACCCAUCCAUCUGGAAAGAGGAGAAGCAAAUUGCUAUCUGAGGCAAGUGUAAUAUAUCGAGAGGCCAUGGAAAUAACUUUUUCAAUGAGUCGAUUUCAAGGUCAUUAUGCAGAAGGACAGAUCUAGAAUAUCUUCAUCUUUCCACAAAUUCAUUAACCGGCAAAAUUCCCAAAGAAUCUGAAAAGCUUAAUUGGAAGCCAUGAUACUUAGCUCCAAUCAGUUGUCCGAUGUCAUUCCGAGUUUUGUAGCUUCUAAUUCUUUAAUUUGGUUAAAACUGAAUGACAACAGCUUUACUGGUGAAUUGGGGAAUUUAGGUAUCUUAGAUCCUCUGGAAUGCAAGCACUUAUAAAUCGUUAUUUUGCUUUCUGAUACCACUACUGUGCUUUUUUGUAACUACUGUUUGG